AUGGAGUGGGAGACGGAGGGUGACGGGGAGGACCUGGGCGGGCAGGGGGUGGAUCGGGCCUUCACCCUGCUCCAUCCUGCACCGCCCAGCCCCAAGAAGGCCAAGGGCGGGAAGCCAGGCGUCCAUGCUCUAGACCCACACGCGCAUGUCGCCCGGGACCUGCUGCUGGCAGGCUUCCCACCAUGCUUCAAGGGAGAGGAGGUGCAGCAGCGGCUGCGGAGAGCAGCCGCCUCCGAGGCCUGUGUGUCCCGCCUGAAGACCUCCAUAAGCGAGGCGGUGGCUGCCACCGACGCGGCGGUGUUCACAGACCUCCUGGAUUUUGUGCGAGGCUCCCAUGCAUCCAGCCGGGGCCUGCUGGCCUCGCAGGGGCGCUGGGGCGGGGCAGGGAAGCGCGCUUUGCCCGCCGGCCUCGUGCUGGCGGGAGGGGUGAACGCCUCCGACCACGCCCAGACGUUCCCGGCCCUGGCCUCUCACCUCAGGAACCAGGGGUGCUACGUGAGCCUGCUGCACCCCAACUCGCUGGGGAAGACGCCGAGCGCGGCCCUGCAGCAGGUCAUCAAGGACUUUGCGGGGCUGGACAGCCCCGGGGCCGACACGCAGGCGCUGGCCGCAUGGUACCAGGACGAGACGGGGGGAGGUGUGCUGGGGAGCAUGGACUGCGAGGCGCCUGCGCCGGCCGCCGCUCCGCGUGCCGCCAGGUCCAGUCAGCGUGGCGGCGGCGGGGGCCGGAGCGCGGCGCAGGAGGUCGCGCUGCAGGCCCCCCUGGUCCUCGUCGUGGAGGGCACGGACAUGGCGGACCCCGGCGCCUUCAGGGACCUCAUCCUUGCGCUGAGCGAGGGCUGCUGGGAGGUCCCCCUGACCCUGGUGCUGGGUCUCACCACCUCCGCCGCCGCCCUGCACGCCGUGCUCUCCUCCGACGUUUUGGAGCGGUGCCUGGCGUGCUCCUUCUUCAAUCUGGCCUCUGCGAUGGACCGACUGAACCGCCUGGUGUGCGAUGCACUGCUGGGCGGUGAUGGCCGCUGGCCGGGGCUGCUCUUCUCCCACGCCGUAGUUGCGCGCGCCUGGGACGCCUGCCUGCUGCACCACUUCAGCACGGGCGAGGCGCUGGUGGAGGAGCUGGCCCGGCUGCGGGAGUUUGAGCGGGAGGAGGAAGGGAACGAGGGCAUGACUGACGAGCAGCGGGAGGAGCAGAGGGGCGUCGGCAUCGAGCAGCAGGAGGAGCAGGUGGGCGACGCCGUCGGGGAGCUGACCAAUCAACGUGCCAGUCGCAGCGCCCAUCCAGCCUCUUCAAAGCCAGACGCCAGCCAGGCCCCUCCCCCGCCCGGCCCCAAGUCGCGCUUCCACAGCAAGGCGUCGCGGCGCGCGGCCAUGCUGGGCGUCGCAGCGCAGCGCGCACAGCACGCCGAGCCCGGGAGCGAUGGGCUCUGUGUCGAGGCCCGUGGGGCGACCAAGAAACCGGGCAUGCCCGCGUGGCUGCGCGAGACGCUGGCACGCCUGCUGGCCGCGCCGCCUGACACUCUCGAGGCCGCCGCCAUGGUGACGGCCUGCAGGCCAGAGGCGCUGGACUCGCUGACCGCCUCGCCCCGCGAGGCACGUGGCCGUGGGCUGUGGCUGAGGCUGCACCCCGUUCCCCACUCGUACACCGCAAUGCAGGCGCUGAUGCAGGCGCUGACCAGGCCUGAGCGGGUGCUUGGCCUGCCGGGCCCCGUGGGUUUGAACGCGCAAACGGAGGACGCAUGCCUGGCUUGGCAGCUCUUCGAGGCGGACGCCAACUGCCAGAAUGUGGCCGACUGGUUCCAGGGCUUUGCAGACGUGCGCGAGUGUCAUGGGCCGAGGAAGAAGGGGAGGAAGACCGGCUCCAAGGCGGCAGAUGCCAAGGCCGAUGCAUGUGCCGACGGUGGCGCGCGCAUGCAGGUCGCGGCCCGCUUCUCCCAGGCGGUGUCAGAGCUGCAGUUCGUGGGGCUCAUCCGCCACGCCACGCGGAGGAAGGGGGAUUAUGUGCAGCGCUGCAUGUACAUGCCAGCCAUCAUGUGA